AUGUUUAAGCCAAAAAGUUAGAAAGAGCCAUAAUAACAGCCAUUUUACUUAAGUUGGUUUGCUAAUUAAGGGUAUUUGCAUGAGGAGUUAAUUUAGCUUAGAGAAAAUCUUAAACGAGGAGGAACAGCACCAUAACAAUCUCGAAAAGAUAAAUUACCUUUGAAAAGUCCAUAUCAGCAACCAUUAAUUACAGUUUCUCAUUAGGUAACUAAUCCAUAUACAAAAACAAUGUGAGUAGCAUUUUUCUUAAAGUAGAUAGCCUCCUAAAAGUUACUAAAACAAUAUCUAAUAGAUCUCAAAAAUCUAUGCGGGUUCAUUAUAAGGAAUGAUGAAAAGAAGAAGUCUUGAGAAAAGGUAUGAUGAUGCACCAAAGAGUGGAAGAGCUUCAUUUAAACCAUCUAGAACAUUUACUCAAUAAAACUCAAGAGCAUUUCACUCAUGCGAAUAGUAGAGCAGACCAUAGACAUAAUAAUUAAAUACUUUUGAACCUAAACUAUAAUGCGAUAAUAUUGUUGCAUAUAAUUAUGAAGAUCCAUAACUCACUCCAAGAGACAAUGAUAAUAUUGAAAUUAUGGAAAUUGAUAAUGUAGAUAUCGAUUCAAAUGAAUCUAAUGAAGCUGAUAGCGAAGGAGAUCAUAAUUUGUAACUGCCAACUUAACAUUAAGAAGAGGGUCAUAUCUAAAAGAAUAAAUCAUUUGUUUAAAAACAAUUGGAGGAACCUAUAAUUAGUAUGAGAAAAGCAACUGCCACUCUAAACAGACCAUAAACAUCUGAAGGAGCACGAAGAAGAAGAUUUGCUAAUUCAACCAAUGAAGUUUAAGAAAACACAACUGAAAAAAAAGAUUCUGAAUUUCAGCUCAUUGAUUGUUAUGCUAAUAUUAUUUAAGAGGAUGAUUCAGAAAAUUAAGAAAUUAUUCCAAUCAUUACUAAUACUCUUAAUUCACCUAAAGUAUCAAAUUUACAUAUAUCUAGGAUAUACUCUCUAUUCGUUCUGGAUAAAGAAGAAAACCAACCGAUCAUGCAAUUGAUAAUUUUGAUAAUAAUGAUCGCCCUCCAUCUAGACAUAAAACACCUCCUAAAGCUACUGGAUUAGAAUUACCUAUUGAAGUUGUUGAUUCUUUAGUCAAUCAUGAAAUUCCUAUUAAGAAUAUGUAUGCAUAAAUUGAUGAUAAAGGUAAAUAUAUUCUAUAUUUAAUCUUAGUAAACAAUAAUUUUAAUGAUGAUCUUGAUGAAUUUGAUCUUGGUUUUUUUAAAAUGAAUAAUAAAGUCAAUCUUAACAAAUUUCAAUCCAAAGAUGGAUAUCAUACUGAUGAAGCAAGUAUAUAUAUUAUAUAAAUUUAGAAAAAACAAACAUUAAUUAUAAACAUCCUUAAUCAGCUAAUCUAAAAUUUAAUAAUAUAGGAUUAUAAAAUUUAUCCUAUUCCCCAUUAAAUAAUUAAAUUACCUCAGCUCAUGGAUUUAGAACCAAUGAGCCUUAGAUAGUUAUAAAAUAUAAUAAUAGCUCUUAACUUAAUAAGAACCAACCUAAGUUGCCUGUAAAAGUCCCCUUCCAAACUUCAUUAGGCUAAGACUUCUUGAAUCUAUUUGCCAAUGAUUGUACCGACUGA